GUGUGUGUGUGUGUGUGUGUGUGUGUGUCUCUCAGACUGUCUAAAGAUGGGUGUUUGUGCAGAAGAGGAAAACAAGGACAGAGAGCCAUCUUCAGGGCUCAGCUGUGUGUCUUUGAAGAGUGAGCAGUCCAUGGGACACCCUGUGUGCUUCACUACUGAACCUGCGCCUCCUUCACACAAACAAGGUUACUGCAGAGCCUGGGUGGUGUUCAGAAGUCUGUCUGUGACGAGUGACUGCUGCUGCCAUGAUUCCCCUCCAGACUCAGAAAGGAAGAGUUGUGGUGGUGAGGAAGAGGAAGAGACACUGUCCGUCUGUGUCCAAAGUUUCAUCCUUUCAUACUGGGACCAGUGUGGUUCAUCUGCUGGGCGGCAGACACCCAAUCACAGCUGCACUGUAGGAAUUUUAUGGAAAGUUUCACUUGAAAGUAAGAUCCGUCUGAAGAGGAAAUGUGAACGUGUGGUUGAAGGAACUGAUCAAACAGGAAGUGGAACCAUACUCAACAGGAUCUACAUUGAGCUCUACAUCUCAGAGGGACAGAGCGAGGACGUUAAUACCCAACAUGAGGUGAGGCAGCUUGAGACAAUGUCCAAGAUGGAGGCUAUCCAUGACUCUAAAAUCAAGUGCCGCGACAUCUUUAAAGCCUUACCUGGACAACCGAAACACAUCAGAGUCGUUCUGACGAUUGGCGUCGCUGGCGUUGGAAAAACUUUCUCGGUGCAGAAGUUCUGUCUGGACUGGGCAGAGGGUUUGGAAAACCAAGAUAUCACGUUGGUGAUACCGCUUUCGUUCAGGGAGCUGAACUUGAUCAAAGAUGUGCAGUACAGUCUUCUUGAGCUGCUUCAUGUUUUCCAUCCAACAUUACAGAAGCUCACAGCAGAGCAGCUCGCUGGCUGUAAAGCUCUCUUCAUCUUUGACGGCCUGGAUGAAAGCAGAAUUUCCCUGGAUUUCAACAACAACGAGCAUGUGUCUGACAUCACACAAAAGUCAUCAAUCAACGUGCUGUUGACCAACCUCAUCGAGGGGAAGCUGCUUCCCUCUGCGCUCGUCUGGAUAACUUCCCGACCUGCGGCAGCCAAUCAGAUCCCUGCUGCGUGUGUUGACAGGGUAACAGAAGUACGAGGCUUCGCUGAUACCCAGAAGGAGGAGUACUUUAGAAAGAGAGUCCGUGAUGAAGAGCUGUCCAGCAGAAUCAUCUCCCACAUCAAGACAUCCAGGAGCCUCCACAUCAUGUGUCGGAUCCCAGUGUUCUGCUGGAUCACUGCUACAGUUCUGGACCACAUGUUGACUACAGACCAGAUAGGAGAGCUGCCCAAGACCCUGACUGACAUGUACUCACACUUCCUGCUGGUUCAGACAAAGAGGAAGAAGCACAAGUAUGCUGAGGGACAUGAGACGAGUCCACAGGAGCUGACAGAGGCUGACAGGGAAGUUCUUCUGAAGCUGGGGAGGCUGGCGUUUGAACAACUGCAGAAUGGAAACAUCAUGUUUUACCAAGAAGACAUCGAGCACUGUGGUCUGGAGGUCACAGAGGCCUCUGUGUACUCAGGAGUUUGUACACAGAUCUUUAAAAGAGAGACUGUGAUCUUCACGAAAACAGUCUACUGCUUCGUUCAUCUGAGCAUUCAGGAGUUUCUUGCUGCGGUCUACAUUUUUCAUUGUCACACAAACAGGGAUUACGAGACACUGGAGUCAUUUCUGGGGAAAGCAUGGGGUAGGUAUCGUAGCUGUGACCCAUCUUUGGAAACGUUCCUGAGGAAAGCCAUGGAUGAAUCCCUGAAGAGCAAAAAUGGCCAUCUGGACCUGUUUGUCCGCUUCCUGCAUGGCCUUUCACUUGAGUUGAAUCAGAGACUCUUAGGAGGACUUUUAGGUCAGACAGAGAACAGUCCAGAAAGCAUCCAGAGAGUAAUCCACAAUCUAAAGGAGAUGAGCACCUACGACAUCUCUCCCGACAUAAGCAUCAACGUCUUCCACUGUGUGAUGGAGAUGAAUGACAGCUCAGUACAUCAGGAGAUCCAAAAGUACCUGAAGUCAGAGAAUAAGUCAGAGACACAACUCACGGAGAUCCAUUGCUCAGCUCUGGCUUUCAUGCUGCAGAUGUCAGACGAAGUUCUUGAUGUACUAGACAUGAAGGCAUACAGGACGUCAGAGGAGGGGCGACUUAGACUACUCCCAGCUGUCAGAAAUUGCAGAAUGGCUCGACUUUCCUGUGGGCGACUUUUUGAUACUCACUGUGAAGUUUUGGCCUCGGCUCUUAAGUCCAAUCCCUCCCAUUUGAGAGAGUUGGACCUGAGUGACAACAAGCUGCAGGAUUCAGGGGUGAAGCUGCUGUCUGCUGGACUGGAGAGUCCACACUGUAGACUGAAGAGUCUCAGAUUAAGUGACUGCUGGCUGUCAGAGAGCUGCUGUUCUUCUCUGGCCUCAGCGCUGAAAUGCAACCACUCCCCUCUGAGAGAGCUGGACCUGAGUAACAACAAACUGCAGGAUACAGGAGUGAAGCUGCUGUCUGCUGGACUGGAAAGUCCACUUUGUAGGCUGGAGACUCUCAGUUUGAAGCACUGCAGUUUGACAGAGAGCAGCUGUUCUUCUCUGGCUUCGGUUCUCAAGUCCAACACCUCCCACCUGAGAGAGCUGGACCUGAGUUACAACAAGCUACAGGAUUCAGGAGUGAAGCUGCUCUCUGCUGGACUGGAGAGUCAAUACUGUAGCUUGGAGACUCUACGACUAAGUUUCUGCAGUUUGUUAAAGAGCAGCUGUAGUUUCUUAAACUCAGCGCUGCAGUCAAACCCCUCCCAUCUGAGGGAGCUGGACCUGAGUGACAAUAAGCUGCAGGAUUCAGGAGUAAAGCUGCUUUCUGCUGGACUGGAGAGUCCACACUGGAGAUUGGAGACUCUCAGGGUGACUUAAACCUUGACUGCAGCGGAGAGCUUUGAAAGAUGUUUGGUUUCUGCUGCUCUCUGCCGACACAACUCCCAAUAUCUUACCAUCCGACAGUAGUUCUGAGAGAAUUAGAAUCUCUUCAUGCACCUUUAUAGUGUGUCUGUGUGUGUAUGUCUGUGUGUGUGUGUAUGUGUGUGUGUGUGUGUGUGUGUGUGUGUGUGUGUGUGUACUUGUGUGUAUAUGUGUGUGUGUCUCCGACUCUCUCUGUAGGUUUGGUUUCAGCUGCUCUCUGCCGACACAACUCCCAAUAUCUAACCAUCCGACAGUAGUUCUGAGAGAAUUAGAAUCUCUUCAUGCACCUUUAUAGUGAGUGUGUGUGUGUGUGUGUGUGUGUGUGUGUGUGUGUGUGUGUGUGUGUGUGUGUGUGUGUGUGUGUGUGUGUGUGUGUGUGUGUGUGUGUGAAGGAUGUGGUUAGCUUAGCUGAGCAUAAAGACAGGAAGCAGGUGACUCAUUUCUGAUAUGAACGGUCUGUCUCCUCUCCCAGAAUGACUGCAGAAGAGACACAACGUUAAAGUAAAUUCCACCACAAACCUCUCUCUCAUCUUUGUCUGAUGAACAUGUGUUGCUCUUUUUUUUAUAAUUUUAUAUUUUAGACUACUUCUACUCCACUGCAUCUCAAAGUGAAAUAUUGUACAUUUUACCUUGAUUGUUUUCUACUUAUUUUUCCCCAGAGAGCCUCCUGAAAUAUUACUUUGUUCUAUUUUUUAACAUUAAAUGCCAUUUAUGUACUUUGGUAUUGUCGUGCGCCUGUUUUUAUUAAUUAUUGCUGUUAUUCUGUGAGAAUUCACAGAUCCAGUGUCUCUUUUUUAAUCUUCCCCUUAACGUUACCGCCAUCAAGCCGCAAUGAUUUGUCGCGAAUGAAUGCCGCCGAAUCUGUCGAGUCGUCUUUUAGCAGUGCGUCAAGUGCAACUAGGGUGACCAGACGUCCCGAAAUCCAAGCAGUUGUUCCGAAUCCCGAAUCCUGCCCUAAUUGUCCCGAAAAUUAGAGCAAAGUCUCAAGAGCAGACUCUCGAGUAGUUAUAGUCUGAUUGAACAUUAAAAACUGUUCAUGGUGGUUUUUAACUGAGUAAAAAAUCAUGAACUCAGGCUGAGUUGCAUUUUCAGGUUUACAAGACAAGAAAGUUGUUGAGUUUCUGAUUAAAAGUAAUACAUAAUUUUGGUGCGGAGUUUUGGAAUCCAUGUUACCAGGCAGCCACGAGAAGCAGUGAUUUGAUUGGAUGCUGCUGAUGUUAAAGAGCAGACAUGACAGACAGUUGGACGGAGUUUUGAAAUUCAUGUUACACCCUCCCACCUCCAGUCUUGUCCCGAAUUUUACCCAUUCUCAUCUGGUCACCCUAAGUGCAACGUAUAUUGCCAUCCAAUUAGAUUGAAUUCAGUAUUGAUGACGCGAAAAAUAAUAACAGUAACUCCACUGAAAUUAUUUGAAACUAAAGUAAAGAGCCAAUUUUUUUACAUGUAAGGAGUAGAAAGUGCCGAUAUUCGUGAUAAAAAUGUAAGUCGGCACAAAAAUGAAUAGUAUAGUAAAGUAAAAAUAUCUGUAAAAUCUACUUGAGUAGAGUAAAGAAGUAUUUGUACUUCGUUACUUCCCAUCUCUGCUUUUCUUUUGACAUUAAAUGCCAUUUUUGCACAUUUAUGUACUUUGGUAUUGUCAUGUACGCCAUGUCUUUAUUAAUGAACACACUGUGAAAUAAAAUACACAUUAACCUAA